UGCAGAUAUGAAGUUAUCUGGGUCAACCUGCGGUGACAAAGAUGAUCCCAGCACGUGUUUAUUGGGUUAAUAGAUUGAUCCCGUCCCUCAGCGCAUAUUUGAGGACGCACUCCAGCGGCCCUCCUGUCAUGUCCACAGUGAACCACAGGGCGGAGACCUUACACAACGGCUCCCCUCGCAGGUCCCUCCCAGACGGGCGGAGCGUCGGACGAGCGUCGAGAAAAUGUCAACAACAUGCCGGAGCUUUCCUCAGAAACAGAAACCGAAGCGGGCAGCAGCGACAGACAACAAAGAGAUCGCGGCACCGCGUCAUCCCGCAACGUCGUGUCUCUAAUAUCUCAACUGGCAGAUGAUAAUCUGACACUCGUGCGGAACAUAAGCACCGGGCUGGCGGUGGUCGGUGUUGUUGUGAUAGCGAGGAGUAUCAGACUGAUCACCAGAUUUCGAGCUGCGUCAGAGAUCCCUGCUCGCUUCAUCGAGAGGAACGUCAGUCUUCGUGGGAAAGUUCACUCAGUCACAGAGAGAGGAGUCGAGGUGGAGCAUGUUCCUAUUUACCUGCCGGUCAUCUCUCCGUUACUGUCCAAACACAAAGGUGCACUCACGUCCCCGAUGCUGGUGCAUCUUGCUGGGGUGGAGUUGACUCCAGAGGGCAGGGUCUGGCUACAGAAGAACCUGACUCCUGCCCAAACAGUCUGGCUAAAACUUAUCAGCAGAGAGGAUGACGCACUGCACUGUCUGGUGUCUCAAAGCAGGCAGGGGUCCAUGUGGAGCUACUGUAUAAACGAAGAGGUCCUCAGACUGGGUCUGGCUCGCACUGCGCCCAUUGUCGGAGUCCUGCCUGACUGUCGCCUCUACUGGCGUCUCCACAAACGGCUGCACAGGGCAGAGGUCAGGGCGGAGAGGAAGGGGCGGGGACUGUGGAAGGAGGACAGCCUGUGGGAGAGGGCCUCCAAGGCUGUGAGGGACAGCGCUCUGUUCAGACUGAUGAGGAGGAUCUUUAAGAGGACGUGAUACACUAAGUGACUGACUGCUCCGAGACAGAGCUUUGAAAUGAGACAGGACACAGCCUGUGUUGUUCAUAUGGUACAGCUGUUGUUGCCACGGUACUUUGUGACACAUUUAAAAAGAGUCUAAAAGUCUUUAAAAGUGCCGUUUAUUACUAUUCUGUUAUGUGUGAUGAAAUCAAUCACAUUUCCCCCGUUAUUACAAAAUACAUGCUUUAAUUUCUGUUUAUCAUUCCUUGUUGCACCUGUUGCAAAGCCUCAUGGUUAAUCUUGACAGUUUUUCGCUGUCUUUAGAAGUUUGAAAUGAUUAAAAAAAAAAAAAGCUUGUUAAAGACUCUCUGAUUCUAAUCCCUCGGCUUUCACUUACCCCACUAAACUACAGCUUAAACCCAGCCUCCUCUGCCGGUGUGUGUGUGUGUGUGUGUGUGUGUGUGUGUGUGUGUUUGUGUGUGGGACACCCCACUGAACACAAGACGGGGGCGGGGUAUGUUAAUGAUGUUCAAAAUGGAGAGGGGGGUCCGCUUGUCCCUCCCUGAGAUCACUGUUGCUAUAGAAACACCAAAUGUGAAAUACAAAGCGAAGCAAAGGGUGAACACUAUAUUGGCCGCCCCCAAACCCCACAGGAGCCUUGCAUGUUGUGUGUAUGUGUGGGGGUCUUUAAGUGCCCGUAAAGAGGACCCUCUCAGCUGUAAUGUGACCACGACAUCUGAGCGUUUAGGCACUGAAGAAGAAGGGAGGAGACCGGGCCUGUGAACUGGCUUUGAUUCGUGGUUUUUAUCGUUGAAAAUGAAUGAAAACAGACGCAUGAAUUAAAAUUUUUAUCAGUUGUUUGGGUUCCGAUGGGUGACACAUCAACCCACUGCUGAAGAGGAAGGAUUAUGCUCAUGUGAUUGUCAUAUUGUUUGCAGAGCAAGUCCACUGCUAAACUUACCCCACCCUCAUCCAAGCAAGGCAAAGGAAGAAGAAGAGGAGGAGGAGGAGGAGCAGGAGGGCCUGCAAACGAGGCCAGCCUGUGAUGUGUGUCCUCUGGGGUGCAGGGUGAGGGGGUCUCGGUGCACUGAGAGGUAGCACUGAAGCACUCA